AUGUCAACAAAACACUACUUCCCCGAAACGCUGGUCAACUCGCUCGUGCCUCAUGCUCUCCAAGCACUCGUAGCUGCCAAUCCCUCCCUUGAUCUCAUUCUCGACCAGCGCGUCGUCCUCAACAGCACACACAAACCCUCCCAAGUUUCCCUAAUCUCGGGAGGAGGGAGCGGCCAUGAGCCAGCAUGGUCGGGUUAUGUCGGUGAUGGCCUGUUAACCGCAGUGGCAUGUGGCGAUAUUUUUGCGAGUCCCAGCAUGAAGCAGGUCCUAGCAGCAAUUGCUUCGACACCAUCAGAUAAAGGGACUAUCUUGUUGAUUACGAACUAUACGGGUGAUAAGUUGCAUUUUGGGCUGGCGGCUGAGAGGGCUUUGGCCGCUGGCUUUUGUAAAAAUGUGGUUGUUUUGCCAGCCACGGAUGAUGUGUCGAUUGGGAGGAGUAAGAGUGAGAAGGUUGGCAGGCGAGGUUUGGCUGGCAAUGUUAUUACUAUGAAGGUUCUUGGCGGAGCGGCAGCAAAGGAAUACAGCUUCGAAAAGUGUGUCGAGAUUGGGAAGGCUGUGAACGAUCAAUUGGUAUCGAUAGGAUCUGCUCUGGAUCACUGCCAUGUGCCCGGUAGACAAAACCACGAGCACAUUGGAGACGACGUUUGUGUUGUAGGAGCUGGGAUUCACAAUGAACCUGGAGCGCAAAAAUUAUCGCCAUUUCCGUCUGUCGAGGAGCUAAUCUCUCGACUUUUGAGUCUGAUCUGUGAUCAAAAUGAUCCUGAACGAGCAUUUGUCAAAUUUAACAAGGGUGAUGAUACUGUUCUGUUAAUUAACAACUACGGAGGACUCUCCAAUCUUGAGCUGGGUGCACUCACCCACGAGACAUUGGUUCAACUAGAAACGAAAUGGGACAUUAAGCCAACGAUGAUAUACUCAGGAUGUUUUGAGUCUUCGCUGAAUGGACCUGGUUUCUCAAUUACACUCUGCAACAUCACAACUGCAGCAAAGGAGAGCAAAACUUCCGCCUCAGAAUUGCUGGAAUUAUUAGGGGCUGAAACAAAAGCUCCGUCCUGGCCAAAUGUCCUUUCCAAUACCUCAACAAAGGUUGAUCGAAAAGCCGUCCCAACAGUGGACCUAGAAAAACAAACACAGGUGCUACCCGAAGCAGAUAUCAAAGUUGAGCCGAAGCUCUUGGAGGGAACUAUUAGACUGGCAUGCGAACGUGCGAUUGCAUCUGAACCUAACUUAACAAAGUGGGAUAUGGUAAUGGGUGAUGGAGAUUGUGGUGAAGCCGUAAAGGGUGUUAGUGAAGCUAUCUUGAAAAUUCUAGAUAAUGGCACCGCAAAAUCCGGAUCUGUGUUUGACGUCCUUUAUGUUAUAAUUGACGCUGUUGACGAUAUGGGAGGUACUCUAGGUGCCAUUUUUGGCAUUCUUCUUGCCGCUUUUGCCACCUCUCUUCGUUCUCAGAAACUCGACGGACAACUAAUGAGCGUUUUCGCGCCCGCCUUCACACAAGCGGUUGCGUCCCUGAAGAAUCAUACCGGUGCUCGAGUUGGUGAUAGAACUGUCAUGGAUGUCUUGCUACCGUUUCAAGAGAUGCUGGAGGAAGCACGGGACCUCGGGAAAGCAGUAAAAGCCGCCGAGACAGCUGCGGAAGGCACAAGAGAUUUGAAGCCAAAGUUCGGACGAGCCAGUUACGUGGGAGCUGGAGGGGAGGAGCAGAGAUUGCCAGAUCCUGGAGCUUGGGCACUCAUGGAGAUGGUGAAGGGAAUAUAUGAUGCGAGCAAGCAGUGA